UAUUUAUAUCCACGUAUGUAAACAUAUAUCUAUACAGAGAUACACAUACAAAUAUAUAACUUUGAUUAAUGUAUAUACAGGAAGAUAAUGAUGGGCGACGUGAGGAGCCGCCUGAGUUUUAUUUGCGGGCCCACACGAGAUGAGAUGGGAUGGUGCAGGACGCAGUUAGGCCCAUUUAUGAGCGGCUUCUUGAUACCCACCAAAGACUUUCCCAUGUGCCCAAUACCCCGCCUACGCAGACAUAUGUGGACGCUUUAGGGACCCGAUCGGGACAUACUCGUGUGGUUGGGCGUGUGGUUAGGGGAACACGUGGACUGAAUGUCCCCCUCCCAGAGGAUAUAGAGCAACCCUUCCCAGCCCAGCAGUCACCGUCCUUUAACGUCAAUGAUAUGUUCGCGCAGGGUAGCCCUUGGAGCCAGUCAUCAUUCGAGGCCGGACCUAGCACGUCAUCAUCCCAUGCUGGGCCUAGCACGUCACGGGCCCCCACACAGCGGUUGGGUAGUGAUAGUGAUAGUGAUAGUGAUGAUGAACAUGAUUAG